AUAAAUCAGCAUUAAAUUUAUUUAACUUUUUAUACUGUAUUUAAACAAUAAGUUAUUAUAAAUAUAGUUAAAUAGAUGUCAGAACUAUUAGGAGAAUCAUUUAUGAGUUUUUUAUAGUUACAGCUUCGUUGAAUUAGAUAAAUAUUCUUAUUGUUAUUAAUUCAUGCAUUCCUAACCUGGAAUCCGAUAUACAUAACAGUCACAAAUCCUCUUAAUAUAAUCAGUGAUAUUUUUCAAAUGGAUAUAAAAAAGAAAAGAAAAAAUUAUUUUUCUAAUCAAGGAAGUGACUUUAAAAAACGAAAACAUUUAACUUUAGAAUCUGGCAUGAAAGGUUUCCUGUGUACUUGUAAUUUCCGUGAGAAAGACUGCGUCCGUGAAGCUUACAAUAUAUUGAAUGAAUAUGCUGACAAAGUUUAUGGAAUAGACACAAAACAAAUAGCAGAUAUAAAUAAUUCUAUGGAAGUCACUAGUGUUCAAAAUAACGAAGACAAUAAGGUAGAACCAAAUGAAAUACCAAUAAAAAAGGAAGAAGCUAAACAAAAUGAAAAUGAAAGGAGUAAAGAUAAAUAUGAAGAAAAUAAAGAGGAAAAUAAAGUCAAUGAAGAUGAAAAUGUAGAAAGCGAAGAUGAAGAUAUCUCUGCUACUUUGAACAAAGAACUGGAUGAAUUAAAAGCAGAAGCUUUACAAUCACCAUUACAGAAAAAAUUCCAAGUUGUUGAUACUGGUGUAAGCAAUGUUGUUUUUAUUAAAACCACAGUUUCUGAUACCUUAAAACUUUCAACUGCUAUUAUUGAAGACAUUCAUAAAAAUAAAAAACAAAAGUCUAGAUAUCUUUUAAGAAUGCUACCAGUUCAAGUGGUUUGUAAAGCUUACUUAGAUGAUAUAAAGUCUAAAGCUGAGGUUCUCUUUGAAAAAUAUUUUGCUCAAGAACCAAAAACUUUUAGUAUAGUAUUUAACAGACACAGUAAUAGCAAUUUAAAUCGCCUAGAUGUUAUUGAAGAUUUAGCACAAAUAAUUUCAAAGAAAAAUCCAGGAAACAAAGUUAAUUUGAAAAAUCCUGAUAUUGCUGUAGUCAUAGAAGUAGUAAGAGCAGUUUGCCUCAUUUCAAUUGCUCCCCAAUACUUUACUUAUAAAAAAUACAAUCUUAUAGAAAUUAGUAAUCAAAAAUAA